AUGACUUCAUCUAUUACCUCCCGUCCGCUUGGCAAGAAUGGCCCCAUGCUGCCACGCCUCGGCCUCGGCCGCAUGAACAACAGCGGCGCCUACAACGCCGUCGGCUCCGACGAAGAGCGCCUUGGCUUCUUGGACCGGGCCUACGCCAUGGGCGAGCGCUUCUGGGACACGGCCGACAUGUACCUGGACUCGGAGGACCUGCCGGGCCAGUGGUUCGCGCGCAACCCCGAGAAGCGCGCCCACGUCUUCCUAGCGACCAAGUUUAGCAUCGACAUGACGGUGCCGACCGACAUCAUUUUCGACUCGUCACCCGCGUACGCGCGGCAGCAGCUGGCCAGGUCGCUGACGAGGCUCGGUGUGGCGUACAUUGAUCUGUACUACGUGCACCGCCUCGACGGCAAGACGCCCAUUGAAACAACGAUGGCGGCGCUGGUGGCGCUGAAGAACGAGGGCAAGAUCAAGCACAUUGGCCUGGGCGCCUGCAGCGCCGCCUCGCUGCGCCGCGCCCACGCCGUCCACCCCAUCGCGGCCGUCCAGACGGAGUACUCGGUGUUUGCCCGCGCCAUCGAGGCCGUCGAUGACCCCAAGCGGGGCAUCCUGGCGGCGGCCCCGCGCGCUGGGCGUGGCCGUCGUCGCGAGGGGAACCUCGACGCGAACGUGGCCACGGUGGCCCAGAUGGGCGCGCUGGCCAAGCAAAAGGGCGUGACGACGGCGCAGCUGUGCCUCGCGUGGCUGCUGGCGCAGGGCGACGACGUGUUUGCCAUCCCCGGCACGCGCAAGGCGGAGCGCUUGCAGGAGAACCUGGCCGCGCUCCGUGUCGAGCUGACGGCCGAAGAGCAGGAGACACUGGGCACGCUGGGUAAGCAGGUGGCGGGCGGGGAGUCCCGGCCGGAGCACGUGGCCAUCCACUUUGCCGACACGCCGGAGCUGUAG